CAACAGGCACGUAGUUAUGAAAACGGGGGGCGAAAGCUUGUCUAGCACCAGUGGGGGUUUUGUCAUAAUUCCAGGGGCACUCCCCAGGCCACAGCGGUUGGCCCCGCAAAUUCAAGCAAGGUUUACUCUUUCAGAACAAGGCCUCCCCUUCCAGCACGCAAAACAAGCCGGCGCAGUGCCCGAACCCAUGCUCUUCACAUGGACAAGAAUCGAUCCUUGCCCCCGGAGAAGGGGACGGACAUGAAGAAGCGAAAGGACGCGCCGGCGCAGUCCAGAGACGGGUCUCGACAACAAGAUGGACGAUCGACACCGACGACGGCGCGCUCGGCGAAGCGCGUCAAGUUCCAAGAUGCCCGCAACAUCCGCACGCAGCCGUCGGAUGCCGCCCUCGAGGAUGGCAAACUUGACCUGCAAAAAUUUCUCAAUGCCCGCGAGUUCGAGAUCAAUGCGCUCGAGGAGAGCAUGCGCAAGUGCAAGGCCGCCAAUGCAACCCGCGUGUUCCAGCAGGUACCGCGCGCCAUGAGGCGGAGGACGGCGAGCCACAACGCCAAGAGGGUGCCGAAGAGGCUGCGCGAGAGGGCAAGAAGAGAGAUGAUUGAGGACAACACGCCCACCGUCGAGGCCAGAAAGCGACGCCCCCGCACGACCCGAGCCCGGAUUCGCGCCGAGACGGCCAAGAAGCUCGCGAAGCUGGCAGAGAGGAAACGGAAGAAGAUGCGCGAGAGGGCAGCCGCCGAGGGAAUUGAUACAGGCGGGGUGGAACCGAAGCCGACCGUGGACACCAGGGCGGCGAGGCCGAAGAUCCGGCGCAACACGCUGAACGAGCCCCCCAAGCCGGACUCCAAGUUCAGAAAGAGGCAGAUCAACAAGACAUGGUUGCCGACGCACCUCUGGCACGCGAAGCGGGCAAGGAUGACGGAGCCGAGCAAGCCGCUGUGGCGCUUCGCAAUUCCCCUCACCCCCACAGAGAAAUGCUACAGGCCGACGCAUCGUGCCGCGGGCCAGAAAGGGGUGGUGGCGUGGGAUAUGAGCUAUAUGAGCACGAUCGGCCUGUACGGCGCGGCCGAAGGCGUCGAGCGGGUUCUGAAAGCCUUGGGCCUGACCGGGGAGGGACUCUGGGGCGCCCGGGGCCAGAAGUGGAGGGCUGGAGUUCGGAAGUGGACGGGCAUCCUCAGCAGGCAGACCAAAGAAGGGUCGAGGCGUGACAUCGGGCCCGCGACCAUCAUCUGGAACCCCCAAGCACCUGCUCAGGGUGACGAUGUGACGACUUCCACCCGCAGCGCGAAUUCGCAAAGGCAACUGUUCAUCCGUACGCAUCCGUCCUGCUUUCUCGAGCUGUUCCAGGAGCUCCGGAAACUCGUCAAGAUGCAGACACCGCAGCUCUACAUUGAGGAUUUGCGUUUCGAAAUUGGCAGCAUUGAGCUGAUCGGUCCCGGGUCUACCGAGGCGCUGUUGGGCAUUCUCCAGCCAUACCACGACGGGUCGGACGGUGAGGAGCGUCACGGCCAAGUCUUCAAGUCCCUCGCCGGCGUCACGAACCCUGCCUCGCUCCCUGAGGAUGCGCUCCUCGCCUUCUCUGUGAAAGACCCUCGGUUGGCGUAUCCCCCAAAGAGAGUCGACCUCCCAGCCGGGGGCGGAGACGGUUCUCUCGUCGAGACACUCACCCGAUGGCCGGUCGAAGAAGGAUUGAAACCGUUCGGCAUCUUCAGCCGUGACUCUCGAUUUCGGGCUUCGAGACUGCCCUCUCAGAAAGCCAUCAACCGCCGAAAGGGGGCGAACGCGCCGGGAGAACCCCUCCGCGUCACUCCGGCCGAUCCCCCAAUCCCGGUCGUGCUGCUGGCCUCGAGACCUUCCACCGGCGGACAGGCGCAAGGCACAUGGACGUUACUGGCACCGUGGAAGUGCAUCAUGCCGCUCUGGUAUGCCCUCAUGCACUAUCCCCUCUCGACCGGCGGCAACCCUCGGCUCGGCGGCCUGGACGAGCAGAGACAAAUCGCGUUUGAGCACGGAGCCCCGUGGUUCCCCGCCGACUUUCCCGCGACCGACGCCGGGCGCAACUGGGAGCUGGAGCAGCGGGCCAAACAAAAACAGGAGUGGGAUCGCCGCCCGAAAGGCAAGAGGGUCGAGUGGAAGUCAUUGGACCUCGGUGCUGGCCGCAAAGGCGAGAUCGGAAAUGGGUUCGCGUGCGAUUUCGAACACUUGUUUGGGAGCUCCUCCGCAGAGGAACCCCCGGAUCGCCAAGCCACCGGGCCGUCGAUCGCGGAUGGGGCCGAGAUGAUGGACAUUGACGCUCCGGACCGGUCGGAAGAGACCGAAGUUUCAGAGCCUCUAGGAGCGCCAGCGCCCUCAGGGCUGAUCCAGUGCCUGCCCAAGGCCUCUUUUACCUCGCUGCUCAGGUCACCCAACUCGGAGACGCCGCCGGCGAACUCUAUCAUCACAGUCAAUCUAACCUUUGUCGCGAGAGGUGUCGCAAACACCUGCGCCAGAAUCUACCGAUUACCUUCUCGGGGUUCGAGGGUCGCCGAGCCUUCUGCGGAUGCCGAAGUGCUCGCCACGGAUCCCACCCCGACCACUACUAGCUCGCGCACCCUUCCUCGAGAUCUGAGAGAUCAGUGGCUGAGGAAACUGCCCCAGCCAAUCGACAGGGGUCAGGGCAGCCGAUCGCGAUUGACGGCGCCCCCACGGAUGCCCUUGGGGGUCGACAUGGAAACGCGCAAGAGGCUCCUGGCGCAAUCCAUCGUCGAGACGGAACUUCCUUACCCCAAGCCGGCUCCCAACGAGCUCGACAUUGGCGGGCACCAUCCUCUAUGCCCAGACGAGGGGGAUCUGCUUGGCUUCGUGACCACGGGCGCGUUCAGCCUGAGCGAGGGCAAGGGCACGGCGAUCGGCUCCAUCUCGGCAGCGAGGGCAUUGGAGGCGAUGCGGGAGGCAGGGGCUAGGGAAGGCAAGCUCUGCAUCGUGAGGAACGCGGGCGAGAGUGUGGGAUGGCUGGCGAGGUGGGAGCUUGUUUGACAGGGUUCAGUGUUCCCGGCCGACCGCCUUGUUG